CAUCAAUCCCCAGCAAAAACCAAACCAGAAAUCAGUUUAGUUCGAAAUGAUUUCCAUAAUGUUUAAAACGUUGGCGGUCGUUGCUCUGUUGAGCCUCGGUUUGUGCACUAUAAAAGCGCUGCAGGAUCAUGCCAAGGACAAUGGCGACAUAUUCAUUAUAAACUAUGACAGUUUCGAUGGCGAUGUGGAUGACAUCUCCACAACGACACAAGCCCCUCGGGAAGCUGGCUAUGUGGAUCUCGAUGAAGUUAUGCGGAACUGCAACGCUAGUUUUAUCACACCAAUGUCCAAUGUCCUUCAGUUCAAUACAACAGGAGCUCUGCCAGAUGAAAAGGAUAAAACAAGCAUGUGCUAUUUCCAUUGCUUCUUUGAAAAAUCCGGCUUAAUGGAUAACUACAAACUAAAUGCGGAUCUUGUGCGCAAAUAUGUUUGGCCAGCCACUGGAGAUUCCAUCGAAGCUUGUGAGAAACAGGGAAAGGACGAAGCGAAUGCCUGUGAGAGAGGCUAUGCCAUCAUCAAGUGCGUUGUCCUGCGCGCCCUCACAGACGCCAGGAACAUUCCAGUUGUGUAAACUACUACAUUUUGGGUAGAAAAUUACAAAUUAUUUGUAUUAAAUGGCUAAAUAUUACUAUGGCCGUGCACAGAGCUCUCUAUAAAUCUACGUACAAAGCAUAAACUACACUCAUU